AGAUUUCAAUACACUCUCCCGGUACUCAUUCAAAAAAACAGUUCAUACUCCCUUCCUUCUCUCCAAUUUUCUCUCCCUCUCCCUCUCUCCUCUGCACUUUGAUUCGUUUCGAUCCCCUCUCUCUCUCUCUCUCUCUCUAGAUUUCUCUCGCUUUCUUAUCAUCUAGUAAGUUUGAAUCAUUUCAAAAGAAAAAAAAAACAAAAACAAAUUGAGUAAUAAUCAUGUGUGGAAUACUAGCAGUUUUGGGUUGCUCCGACGACUCCCAGGCCAAAAGGGUUCGCGUCCUCGAGCUCUCCCGCAGAUUGAAGCAUCGUGGGCCAGAUUGGAGUGGGCUAUAUCAUCAUGGUGAUUUCUACUUGACACAUCAACGGCUGGCAAUUGUAGAUCCUGCGUCUGGUGAUCAACCUCUCUUCAAUGAAGACAAAAAGAUUGUUGUCACGGUGAAUGGGGAGAUUUACAACCAUGAAGAACUACGCAAGCGUUUGCCUAAUCACAAGUUCCGCACUGGCAGUGAUUGUGAGGUUAUCGCACACUUGUAUGAAGAGUAUGGAGAAGAGUUUGUGGACAUGUUGGAUGGAAUGUUUUCUUUUGUCUUACUCGACACUCGCAACAACAGCUUCAUUGCUGCACGCGACGCCAUUGGCAUCACUUCCCUCUACAUUGGAUGGGGACUUGAUGGCUCGGUUUGGAUUUCAUCUGAAUUAAAAGGCCUCAAUGAUGACUGUGAACAUUUCGAGACAUUCCCACCUGGUCACAUGUACUCUAGCAAAGAAGGCUCCCUCCGGAGAUGGUACAACCCUUCCUGGUUCUCCGAGGCCAUUCCAUCUACCCCAUAUGAGCCACUCGUGCUAAGGCGCUCUCUUGAAAAUGCUGUGAUUAAGAGGCUAAUGACUGAUGUUCCCUUCGGAGUCCUCCUAUCCGGAGGCCUAGAUUCAUCCUUGGUGGCUUCCAUCACUGCCCGGUAUUUGGCUGGCACAAAGGCGGCCAAGCAGUGGGGGGCACAACUCCAUUCCUUUUGUGUUGGACUCGAGGGUUCACCAGAUUUGAAGGCUGGAAGAGAAGUUGCUGAUUAUUUGGGAACAGUUCACCAUGAGUUUACCUUCACUGUCCAGGAUGGUAUCGAUGCCAUUGAAGAUGUAAUUUACCAUAUUGAGACAUAUGAUGUGACGACAAUCAGGGCAAGCACGCCUAUGUUCCUCAUGUCGCGUAAAAUUAAGUCAUUGGGAGUGAAGAUGGUCAUUUCUGGUGAAGGCUCAGAUGAGAUUUUUGGUGGGUAUUUGUAUUUCCACAAGGCACCCAACAAGGAAGAGUUCCACCGUGAAACAUGUCGCAAGAUAAAAGCACUUCAUCAAUACGAUUGCCUGAGGGCUAACAAAGCAACAUCUGCGUGGGGAUUGGAAGCCCGUGUCCCCUUCUUGGACAAAGAAUUCAUCAAUGUUGCAAUGAGCAUCGACCCCGAGUGGAAAAUGAUUAAGCCGGAAGAAGGGCGAAUGGAGAAGUGGGUUUUGAGGAGGGCCUUUGAUGAUGAAGAACACCCCUAUCUGCCAAAGCACAUUCUCUAUAGGCAGAAAGAGCAAUUCAGCGAUGGGGUCGGCUACAGUUGGAUUGACGGGCUUAAAUCCCAAGCCGCACAACAUGUGACCGAUAGAAUGAUACUUAAUGCUGCACAUAUCUUCCCUCAUAAUACCCCAACCACAAAAGAAGCCUACUACUACAGAAUGAUCUUUGAGAGGUUCUUCCCACAGAACCCGGCCAGGCUGACUGUCCCAGGUGGUGCAAGCGUGGCUUGCAGCACGGCCAAAGCGAUCGAGUGGGAUGCUUCUUGGUCUAACAACCUUGACCCUUCAGGUAGGGCUGCACUUGGAGUCCAUCUCUCAGCUUAUGAGCAACAACUACCCUCUGCUACCAAUGGGAAAUUGGCACCGGAGAUUAUUGAUAAUGUGCCAAGGAUGAUGAGUACUGUUCCAGAAGUUACGAUCCAAAGCUAAUAUUUCCCAUUUCAGGGGUUGUUUUCAUGUGUGUUUUUAUCUUUGAUGGUAGAAAUUGAAGCGUACAUGGGACUUUUAGAGAUCCCAGUGUGUAAAAUUUGUUAGUUGGUAUGUAAAAGUGAAUUAUGUUUGAUGUGGUGGUGUAGAACCCUUGAUCAAUGUCUUGUAUUUGGUUAAGUUCUAGGAUUUGAAGUAUGUAAUUUAUGUCAUGUAAUUGAUUUCAUCGAAUUGGACUCUAUUUUCGCUUAA